AUGCCCCUUUGGCUCAUUUUCCACCCUGACGGCACUUUUGAGGACGCUUCUUCCAAGAAGGCCAUGACUAAAGAUAUAACGAAAAUAUACACCGGAAUCGGACUUCCUUCUUUCUAUGUCGUCGUCAACUUUAUAAAGCUCUCCCCUGAAGAUGUCUGGGUAGGCGCUGAAAGGAGAAUGGAGAAACCGUUUAUUCGAAUUGUUGCCGAACACAUUGCCGUUCGGCUCGAUGAUGAAGACGACGUCUACAAGAAAACGUGCGACGCAAUUGAGAAUGCCCUGAAGCCUCAUAUUGCUGAUAGAGGUUAUGACUGGGAAUUCCAUGUCGAUGAGACUGAAAGGAGACUCUGGCGGGUCAAUGGAAUGAUUCCUCCUCCGUUUGGCAGUGAUGCGGAGAAGGUGUGGGCGAAGGAAAACAAGCCGGUCAUUUGGGAAGGCGCUUUCUAG